AUGAUUGGAACUGGAGGCCAAGUGAAAUCCCAGGAGAAGCUACUCGUCGAGGAGCAUGAGCGAAGACGCACUUCGGAAGCAGAUUUGCGGCAUCAGCUGUCACUACGGAAUAGGGAAUGCGAGGCGCUGCAACUUCAGCUAGCAGAACUGGAGACUAAAAUUCAGUGUCUGCGGGGCACCACACAGCGGCUGCAAUCCCAGUUAGAAGCUCAGCAACGCGAGUACAAAUCGGAUCGCCAACGAAAUAAAGCGGUCACAGAGUAUUGGAACCUGCACAACGAAGUGCAACAGUUCGUCAGGCGUAAUCAGGAUCGGCCAGUGGAUGAAGGUUCUCCUCCAUUACACCCUCCGCCAGAGUCUUGGUUUGAAGCGGAAAAUGAAAAUAACAUCGCUGCUAGACAGGUGGUAACCAGGGAGCACCCCACAUUCUCCGGAGAUCCGAUCGAUUGGCCCCUAUUUAUUAGCAGCUAUCAGCAUUCUACACAGGCUUUCGGGUACACCAACUCCGAAAACCUUUUGCGCUUGCAACGUAGCUUGAAAGGCAGCGCAAAGGAUUCAGUCAGCAGUUUCUUGCUCCACCCGUCGACAGUACCACAAGUAAUGUCUACACUGCAACAACUGUACGGUCGCCCGGGACAGAUUGUGAACAACAUGAUCACCAAGGUUCGGGCAACACCCCCUCCGAAACCCGACCGAUUGGAUACACUGGUUAGUUUUGGACUGAUAAUUCAAAAUCUCUGCGGUCACCUGAAAGCGGUCGGCUUAGAGAAACAUCUGGCGAAUCCUAUACUUCUGCAAGAGCUCGUUGACAAGCUACCGGCGACGGUGAAGUUCAGCUGGGCCCUCUACCAGGAGCAAGUACAAGAUGUGGAUUUGAACGUGUUCAGCAGCUACAUGGCGAGGAUAUCUUCGGCAGCAAGUAGCGUAACUCAGAUGUCCAAUAUUCCACAGAAAUCUGGAAAAGAUGAGAAAGGUCGCUUGAAGGAGAGAUCGUUCGUGAACACGCACGUUUCCACGGAUAAAGCGAAAGUGAGUCGCCAAGAAAAUGCAGAAAAGGCGGGAGUCAGAGGUGGAAAGCCGAGAGAAAAGGAUGCCGCACCGAGUAACACGAAGUCGUGCUCCGUUUGCAACGUCGACAGUCAUCAAAUCGACAAUUGCUCGUCGUUCAAAGGACUCGAUCUGGACGGCAGAUGGAAAGCGGUAAAAGCAAACAAAUUGUGCGCUCGUUGUCUCACUUCGCAUGCGCGAUGGCCGUGUAAGGGAGAAGUGUGCGUCUGCCCAAAACGACAUCAUCGACUACUUCACUUCGAGCCACCAAUGUCAUCGAAAACUACCAGUGCGGUGGUUACAGCUCAUCGGCAGCUGUCGUCGUCUACGCUUUUUCGGAUCCUCCCAGUAACCCUAUUUGGGAAACAGGGGCAGUUCAACACAUUCGCCUUCCUCGACGACGGGUCAUCAGUAACUCUCGUAGUGCGGCCCAUUGCCGACGCACUCGGUGCAAGCGGAGAAGUGAAGAACUUGAACAUCGAAUGGACCGGAAGCAUAAACAAGACGAUUGCUGGAACAGAAGUCGUUACGAUGGAGAUUUCCGAGGCCGGUGGAAAUAGGCGGUUCAGAUUGUCCGAAGUCUACACCGUCGACAGUCUCGGACUACCACAACAGACCACCGAUUACGCAGAGCUCGCUAACCGAUACGCGCAUCUCAACAAGCUGCCGGUGAAGAGCUUCCGAUGUGCUGUACCAGGAAUCCUAAUCGGUCAAAGCAAUGUUCAGCUCCUCGCUACUCUAAGACUGCGGGAAGGUGAAUUGAACGAACCGAUCGCAACGAAGACCAGGAUCGGAUGGGCAGUUUGUGGCAAUGUGCGGAAACCACAAGCCAGUACGGUGUACAAGCAGCUACACAUACAUGCUGAACCAUCUGUAGUAGACCUCCACGAGUACGUCCGGCGCUUCUUCGACAUCGAGAGCAUGGGUGUAGCGGUGGUGCCAGCCGUGAGAGGUGUUGAAGAACAACGUGCGAACAAUAUCUUGGAAACGAUUACACGACGGUUGAACGACAAGAAGUACGAGACAGGUCUGCUCUGGAAGCACGAUUACGUGGAGUUUCCAGAUAGUCGGCCGAUGGCAGAACGACGCUUCAAGUAUCUCGAAUAUCGUUUAGCCCAGAACCCACAGCUUUACGAAAGUGUGCGUCAACAAAAGGCGGAAUCCAAAGACAAAGGCUUCAUUCACGAAGCGACAGUGGAAGAAAUGGAGGAGUUUGACCUGCGGCGUACAUGGUUCCUGCCGAUUGGAGUCGUCGCAGAUAUUAAGGAGAUGUUCCUACAAAUCUCAAUUCGGAAAGAGGACUGCAGUGCUCCACUGUUUCAGUACAGAGAUUCCCCAGACGUACCGAUGAAGCAGGAAGCAGAGUUCCCACGAGGUGCGGCCGCAGUGAAGAAGCGGCAUUACGUGGACGAUUACGUAAACAGUCACGAUACAGCGGAAGAAGCGAUCGAGGUGGCGAAGGAAGUGAUCGAGGUGCACAAGCGAGUGGGGUUCCAUAUCCGUAAUUGGAUGUCAAGUGAUCGGAGCGUAGUCGAGAAGUUGGGUGAAGCGAACCAGAAGCCGUCAAAAGACAUGUUAUCGGAGAAGGACGUCGGACAGGAGCGAGUGUUGGGAAUGGCGUGGAUACAGAGAGAGGAUAUAUGUCUUCGUAUUUUCACUGCAGUUUGGCGAGAAGGACCCUCGAUACCUCGACUAGAAUUGAUGGCUACGGUGUUGGGAGCACGCCUACGGAAAACCAUCGAGGAAAACCACACGUUGAAAAUCCAAAAAACGUUUUUCUGGAGCGAUUCGACGACAGUUUGCUCGUGGAUCGAGUCGGAAACGCGUCGUUAUCGGCAGUUCGUUUCCUUCAGAGUCGACGAAAUAUUGAGCAACUCGAGCAUCGAUGAAUGGCAGUGGAUUUCGACGAAGAUCAACGUUGCGGAUGAAGCCACCAAAUGGGGAAAAGGUCCGUCAUGCAAUGUGGAUAGUCGCUGGUUUCAAGGUCCCGAAUUUCACUACGGCAGCAAAGCAGGUUGGUCAAUGAUUCCUGAAGAAGAUACGGAUGAAAGCGACAAGGAGCUGCGGGAGGCAUACGUCUUUAACCAUCAUAUAAGACAACCGGUGAUAGACACUUCAAAGUUUUCGCGAUUUGAGAGGAUGCUACGCUCGGUGGCAUACGUUCCCAUUAUGUGA